CUGUUUGCUAGCAGUGCGAGGGGUUGUCUGGCACAACGCAACGCGUCACUAAUAAUCAACAGAAAUCGAUCGACUUUAAUCGACAAUAGAACAAUUAUUGCCUUUGAGAGAUUCAUCGCGUUAGUGACUGUUGUUUGCUGUUUGCCGUGCAUGUAGGAACCCCUUCAUUUAAAUCUUCGGUCCACCUGAGUCGACCUGAACUGACCCGGACGAGACAACUGUAGUUAUACGUCUACGUCAAGUUCUACGUUAUCACUGGUGCAGUUCCCUUAGCUUUCAGCAAGCAAUCAGCUGACUCCAUAGUUGGCCUCCUCGACUGCGUCCUGAAUCUAAACAACACUGAUAAUCAUUAAUUGGAGCAUCAGAACACCGUUGUCUCAGUUAGAAUAUAUCAGAAGGUCAGGAUGCUCAGCAGCUUGGCAAGCUACCUACUUGGUAGUAGUUCUGGUGCUCAAGAUACCCGUGGAGAUUCCGGAAUUGAGAGGACUGGGGAUUCCUACCCUGUAGAAGCCAGACUUAGCCAGGUGGAAGCCGAGGGCGAUGAUUGGAUCCUCAUUGACCUAGCUGUUGAGGGUGCAACGGCGCUGGAAGAGUCGUGGUACGUGACACCCCCUGCAUGCUUCACCAGGGCGGGCCCCGUUCACGUAGAGACUUCGCCCUUGGAGGACCUGCUAAUAGAGCAUCCUAGUAUGUCCGUCUAUAGGGCAGCAGCGCCAUCCGUCGCCCCGGAUACCCCACCACCUACUCCAGACAUCCAUGAGGAGGAAGAGGAAUGUGAAAUCCUCGGUAAUACCACGAGUCCUUUAAUGCUGGUUGCCGAAGCCACACCAGUUUCAACCGAGUGGAGCAAUACCCGGAGACGUAAUGGUCGAGCCGCCGAAAUUGUGGUUGAUUCCAGCAGAAGGAAUGGCCUUCAUGAGCAUAGGAAUAAUCGUUCACUUGGUGCCGCCGAGGAGUCUCGAAUUGUUCAAUCAAGAUCCGCCCAGAAAGUCCUGGAGAAACGAGCGAGCCAGACUUUAAAAAGAGGACGUCUUGAGAGGAGCAAUAAGGCUCGUGAAGUAUCCAGCGGCAAGGGUAAGCGACCACGUCGCCAGGACCGUUUGCGGCUACAAAAUAGCGGCGCUAACAACAACCGCAAGUGCUAGUCGUCUGAUCUCAGGCCAGGGUGCACCUUAGCAGUAAUUUUCUUUCAACUUAGGGGAUUCAAUUCGCCGGGUUGUUUUAAAUAGAGGAUUAUAAAUUUAGAGAUUUUAUCUCGCUGUUCAGGAAGGAUACGCUGUCAUGCAAUUACCGAUCCUAAUUUACAGACUCAUGUAUUUUACUUUUGAAAACACACUUGUAGUAACUGAAGACAUUCUUCUUUGUCUCAUUUCUACUCCUAGGAUGAAUACGAAAACGUUUAUCCCAUGGUUUCCUAAUAGUUUUUUUUUGUUGUAAAUAUUCUUGUAGUUAUUUACACGUAACAUACGUAUAAACAACGUUUAUCUUUUAUAUUUUUCAUUUUGUGGGCAUCUAUUAAUUUAGUCGAGAUCUGUAAUAAGUCGCCCGUGGAUGUCGCGUUUCUAGGUGCGGUUCUUUGGCCAAUCACAGCACAAAAUAUAUUGGACAUUCGAAGGAAGAAACGAUCGCACGAUCAAGAAAUGAUCAUCCAAUGUUAUUCACUUUUUGUUUUUCUCUUUCCGGUAAUUAAGUGAUUUAUCUUAACUUGUUGUCUGGAAGCGUGACCGCGUGCACCCUGGUCCUAACAAUUAUUAAAGUAUUUUAUAUCACUAAUUAUAACUCUUAAUUGCUAUUCAUCGUUCAUUAUUCUUAACGAUUAAGUCUUUCGUAUUGUUGCUACUCAAGUCAGAGUGUGGGUACGUUCCGAGUGAAGGGUGUUAAAUGAAACAUUUGAUAUUGGACAGAAACUAAUUGCAACAAAGAAGUCCGGCAUUAUCAUAAGCCUGAAUUUUUAUUGAAAAAGGUGGCUUAGCCAUCAGAGAAUUACAGCAAUGCACAAUGCAAUACUUUGAAUUGGAGAACUGCAUGAUAAUCAAAAUCUUUUUUACAUGUCCUUCUGUCCUGGGUAACCACAAUAAAUUUGCGACUCCCCUACAUCGCUUCUCGUGUACAUAUGCAUAUACAUAUAUAAAAUAAUGCUAAAAAGAUAAUAAAUUUAAAAAUAUAUAUAUAUGUAUACUCGCCGUCGUUAUACGGAGUACAUACCAGUAACGAAAGGAAAAAGAAGCAAAAUUAAAAUCAAUUGCAAAGUUUAUUGCGAGACUAAUAAAGAUUGCAUAAUCUUUGUAGGAUCAGUUUUGUUUAAAGGUCUCUGACGUACACAAAAAGAGGAAACAAGUAUUUUGGUGUAUAUAAAUACUUCUAUUAUUUUUGAGCAAAGUAUCGUCGAAAAUAUAUAAAAUUCAGAACAUAGUGGCCAUAUUGAAUUGGUAAUGUUAGAUCUGUAGCUGUAAAAUAUUUAGUAACUGGGUAUAAUAUUAGACAGAAUCUACGUAGGUAGUUGAGUACUACACUCUGCAUUGCCCCCCCCCCUCCCCAUAUGUAGGGGUUUUCAGGAGGUUGCACUAACUGAAGGUAGUCCAUCUGAUUUAUAUGGGUAGAACCACCUUCAACUGGGCUAAUAUGCCUGAAUAGCUUUCUACCUAUUAAUGCUGAUGCAAAACUAUUCUUGUAUGGUGUCUAAUUAAAUGAUUUCAGCCAUUCUGAUUAUUAUUAUUAUAUCAUAACUACUUGAAAAGCUGUGUGUCUAAAUGAUCUAACAAUAUCGUUAAAGUUGAAAAAAAACAUAAAAUUACAAAACACGUACUCAUUUCGUUUGUACUAAUACAAAAGCGUCGCCAGUAGACUCAGAACGAAAUUGGUAUCUAGCAAGUUGUGCUCCUCUCAUCUAUGCGAGAGAUAAAUCGACGGCGAGGACAGUCGCGUAGAAACCGUAUGUACGUUCGUGUACGUUCUGCUUUGUUUGUAUUGAUGUGUUCAAAAAACAUAAGUAAAAAAAAAGUUACAGACACAAUGAAAUUGUGCGUAGCUUGUGUUCCGCUUGAUGUAUGUACAUUUUACUGUAUAGCCGUCUGGUAGGUAAAUGCAUAAUCGUCUUUGUGUGAAUAUGGGGUGGUUGGCAACAAAAUAAGAAAUAAUAUCGAACCGCGAUGAAGAAAGAGAAAAAAGAUAAAUAGGGAAUAAUACUAUGAGUAUAAUACGAGGGUACAUAUACGACGGUUCAUUAUUGUAAGAGCAAUCCAGAAUUAACAAAGACUACGUCAUUGUUUUUUUGCUCUCUAAUUCUCUUAUUGAUAUAGAUAGCUGUAUUACUGCGACAAAAAUGAUAGCGUAAUAAUAAAUAAAAUAUAUAAAAUAGAGAGAGAGAAAGAGAGAGAGAGAGAGAGAGAGAGAGAGAGAGAGAGAAAGAGAGAGAGAAUGAGAAAGAAAGAAAGAAAGAGAGUGAAAUAGAGUGCUGUAAGGUUUCAAUCCUAAUGUUUAGACUAGUUAAUAAAAUAGAAUAAAGUCUGCCGGCGAUAAAUGGGGAAAUGAUAUCUUAUGGACACUCGUGGAAAAAGCCGUCCUCAGCGAAUGGGGGAUAAAAGGAACGAAAGGAUAAGAACAAUACAAAUGUAAUAAUAAAUGGAAAGCGAAGAACGAUAACAUAAGAGCCGGUAUUAAUUGAUAUUUGACUCGGAAUGUACCCGACUAUGUGUGUGAGUACGAUUCCUACACAUUAUUGCUAUAAAUUUUGGCGAGUGAGAGAAGAUUGAUAAUUUUACUUUGCGAUUGAGAAAAUAUGCAAAUAAGUGCAUAAAUAGCCGAUAAUUGUAGCGAUUAUAAUUUAUUACUGCUGACUAAUAGUUACACAUACAUAUUACUAUUAUUAAUAUUAUGACGUAACGUUCGGGUCCAUAACACGAUCUGAUUAAACGAUUCAAAAUAAUUGUUGGUACUAUUCAACGUGAAAACAAAAUAUAUAUACACUGGCUGUGACAUAGCCCGACAGAUUGAGCGUGGUCGAUUCUUCGACGUGAGCGAUAGAUAACAAAAACAACAAGAUACAGGCAAACAAUUUUGAAUAGAUGGCAUUUCUAUGUGAGAUGCAGGUACAAUGCAAGUCAUAUGAAUGUCCUCUGCAUGACUUGCGUAUCAUCUGGUUGUUCGUCGAUGACUAUUGAGUUUGCGUAUUUGUAUGUACAUUUCUCGCGUUCAUAAAACGUAAUUUACUUAAUGAUCUUCGUGGACACCCCGGACAUUUCAUGACGACGGGGACUAUGGGAGAAAUAAAUAAAUAAAUGAAUAGGUAAAUAAAUAAAACAGAAUAACAGCAACAAACAUACGCGUUACGAUAUAACACACAUAUAUUGUAUUUUUCUUAGAUCAAAAGAAAGUAUGACUGUAACGGCCGAUUAAAUGCUCUGAUAUUUAGAGCAGGAAAAUGUGAUAAAAAACACAAAUAAAAGGUUAAAAAUGCACGUUU